GUCAUCACCUCGACUACCCGAUCCUUCCCUCCACAUUGGAGUCGAAAAGCAUUGUGAACAGACCAUUGCCUGGGUGAUCCAAGGCUUAAACUCUCGAGGUCCACCUCGCCUUCAUCCAUUCUCCGACUACUCAGGGGAUCUGACAUAUCGCACCUUACCACACCACAACAAUGCCUUUUCCUCCACGCGAAAAGGGGCGGAUGGCAAAACCUGGAAGAUCAGAAGAGGAAUUUGUGCUAUUUCUCCAAGGGAUCCCUGCGCACUGUCGUUGGCAAGAGCUCAAGGACUUGGUCCGUCAGACAGCCUUACAUAUCCGUCAAGCGGUAGUCUAUGACGACCAGCACGGGUUCCCAACCGGUCUAGGCCAGAUCAUCGUGAAAAACGAAGACGAAGCAUGGCGGACCUACCAUCGACUAUCCACCAACGGCUGGGAGGGUCAGAGUCUGGUUGUCACAUUGGCACGAACCAGUUCACCCACGCGGCCAAUUGCUGGGCCCACGAAGAGUCCGACCUGCGUGGUGCCGCCCAACUAUGUCCCAGGCUACUCGACGCCGCCGCGCGCCACGCAGACCAUGGCUGUGCCUCCAUCCCCCAUUUCCCCCGAACCCGUCUUGUCGACGAGUUCCAAUGGCCUGACCUAUCCAACCCCGGAUUAUGGCCCCAUGAUCAGUCCCAUGGGGUUGCCCCAUCAGCCUUUCAUGCCUAUCUUCACGGACCCGAUCACGCAGCAGCCUAUCCCAGGCAUCCCGCAGUCUCCCGCUCCUGUCCGUCACUCGUUUGCUGACCCCUUUGCCGUUCCCAUCUUCCCUCCAUACCCCAUCCCGACCAUGCAACCGUUCCCUGAUGCCCCAAUGCACGGCGGCUUUCGUGUGCCCGGACGUCGGGCCCACAUCUCCGGCAAAUCUUCCUACGGUUACAACCCGACCUACCAGCCGGGUGGCCCGGGCCCCCGUCCCUCCCCACGACGGACUAUCUUCGUCCAAAAUCUCAGUCACACCGCAACCGACGAGGGGUUCCGUGCCUUUAUCGAAGAGAGCGGCGCCACAGUAGAGCAAUGCGAGGUGUCGACGGACCCAGACACCGGCCGCUGUAAGGGCUUCGCGCGGGUGACGCUACGCACCGCGGAUGAAGCCAAGCGUAUUGUGGCGCAGUACAACGGGACCUACUUCAUGGGAGCUAGGAUCCGCGUUAAGAUCGAUCGAAGUAUCCAUCUGGCGUACAGCCUGACCCGUGAGGGGCACGCGGGGCGUGCCUCUGUGCCAGCAGAUCACGCCAACCGUGCAGUUGUCAAGGAGGACGUGUCGACCGGAGCUAGCAGCCAGCGGUCGGCCUCGCUGUCAUCCUCCACAUCGGGGUCUUCUAGAUCAGGCGACCGUUGCGGGCCCUUGGUCGUCAAUGGGUCUAAUACUGGCCGAAGCGCCGUGGCUACUUAGCCAUUCAACGCUCAGGCUACUCUAAUUAUCGAUCAUCGUAUAUGUCAUUUCACUUUGGGCAAUGGAAGGAACUAGGGUCUGGAUUUGGGCUUGGGAUAGUGUGUGAUUUAUCCGUCAUUUACUUUAUACGUGCGUGUCAUCGAGUGUUGUUUCCGGCGUCCGGGGGUAAAACGGGUAUAGGUUAUAUAGAUUGGCUAGGAACGUUAGCGACAUGUCUAGAACCGGUCAGAUUUUCUUCCUAUCAUAGAUACUCAGCUAGUAUAGUAUAGUGAUAAUGCAUGCAUUCAAUUUCAUCAUUCA